AUGCUGUACUUCCUUCAUAGGCCUUUUGUGGCCGUAGCAAGUACCGUUGGUGCCGCCCCAGAUGACCUCAAACUCGUUACAUCGUUCUUGAUAUCCUUUCCUCUCGCGGCUCUCCUCAAAAGAAUUCCCGAUUCAAGACCAGAACUCAAGAACCUCUUCAGUAUUGGUGUGUCCCUCUUCUACCUCGUCGGCCUGUUUGACCUUUGGGAUGGCGCCCGAACCCUCUUGAUCAGCGCAGGCGGCACCUACUGCAUUGCCAAAUACCUUCGAACGAGCCCCUACAUGCCAUGGAUAGGAUUCGCUUUCGUAAUGGGACAUAUGUCUAUCAGUCAUAUCGCUCGCCAAGCCGUCAACGAUCCGUCGAGCGCCGAUGUUACAGGUGCUCAGAUGGUGCUUCUUAUGAAGCUGAGCGCAUUCUGCUGGAAUGUCGCCGAUGGACAGCUCCCAGAGGAGCACCUGUCGGAUUUCCAAAAGAGAAACAUGCUUAAGGAGCUGCCUCCUGUGUUAGACUACGCUGGCUGGGUCCUGUUCUUUCCUGCACUCUUCGCUGGCCCAUCAUUCGAUUUCGUGGAUUAUCGCAAAUGGCUUGACACGAGCCUGUUCGACGCACCGAACGUUGAUCCUUCAAAGAAGCCUCCUGUCCGAAAGAAGCGAAAGAUUCCUCGAAGUGGUGGUCCCGCAGCUUGGAAAGCUGCGAGCGGUAUCUUCCUCAUCGCCAUGUUCAUGGGCCUGGGUGGUUCAUACUAUCCCACCUUGCUCACCACUGAUAGCUUCCUGAACUAUGGCUUCCUCCGCCGUGUCUGGAUCAUGCACAUGGUCAGCUUUACUGCACGACUCAAGUACUAUGGCGUCUGGUACCUUACUGAGGGUUCUUGUAUCCUUGCGGGGAUGGGCUACAACGGCGUGGACCCUGUUACAGGCAAGGUCUUCUGGAACCGGCUGCAGAACAUUGACCCGUGGGCUGUCGAGACCGCACAGAACCCACGCGGGUACCUUGGAGGAUGGAAUAUCAACACCAGCAACUGGCUGAGGAAUUAUGUCUAUCUGCGGGUUACGCCCCGGGGUAAGAAGCCUGGUUUCCGUGCUAGCCUAAUGACUUUUGGCACCAGUGCUCUAUGGCAUGGAUUCUACCCUGGAUACUAUCUCAGCUUUGUUCUCGCCAGCUUGAUCCAGGACUCUGCAAAGCACUUUCGUCGUCAUGUUCGUCCUUUCUUCCUCGAUCCUAUCUCAGGAAAUCCUUCGCCUAAGAAGAAAUACUACGACUUCGCAUCUUACCUUGUCACACAACUCACAUUCACAUUCGCAACGGCCCCAUUCCUGGUUCUCACAUUCCAGGGUUCGUUACUUGCCUGGUCCCGCGUCUACUUUUAUGCAGUCAUCUGGACUGUUACUUCCCUGGUCUUCUUCUAUGCUCCUCCAACCAAAGCCUUCCUGAAAUCGCAGCUUGAGAAGCGUCAGGGCCGUGCUAGUGCCAAGCUCGUGCGCUCAAUCUCUACGGACAGUCUGACAGGCAAGGAUCCUAUUCUGGGAAUUUCCAAGGAUCCUGAGGAUGAUGUAAAUGAGGCCAUGAAGGAGAUCAGGGCAGAAAUGGAGAUGAGACAAAGAAAGGCCAAGGCCAAUGGCGAAGCACCACAUGCACAUAUCAAGUCGGGCUGA